AUGAGGUGUCUUAUUCUUCUUUUAGUGGUCGCGACGGCGAGUUCGAAAGAAUUCUUUUUUCCCGGCCAUGUAUUUUCCAGAACUCCACUGGGUGAUCGGAUAGACAAAGCGUCUGUGAAAAUGCUCAAGGAGACUUAUCUAUCAGCCACAGACUCCAAUGUAAUCACGUCGCCACUAGGAGCAUUGCUGCUUCUGUCAAUGUAUUCUUCUGGUGUCCAGGGUAAGAGCAGAGAGGAAAUCAUGCAGUUUCUCGGUUCAGCUGAAUACAAUGAGCUAUUCGAUUCGUAUAGCCACUUAAGUAGAAGAUUUGCUUCAAUGGGUCGGAGUUAUCUCACUCUCGCCAACAAAGUGUAUGUGGCUAAAGGAUACACGCUGGCCGACGAUUUCAUUAGCACAGCCCUUUCUUACAACAGCGAAGUAGAUGGAAUCGACUUUCAAGAUUUGAAGACAGCCGCUCAAAUUAUUAAUCAAUGGGCCGAGAAAAAGUCGAAGGGCCAUAUUAAAGAUCCCGUAUCAGAAAAUCUUUUAGACAAAUCAGCAGUGGCUGCGCUCUUCAACGUCAUAUUCUUUCAGGGUCACUGGCAUGUUCCUUUCCAAGCGAAAAAAACUGAGGAGAAAGAAUUCCACGUAAAUGGUUCACUGGUCGUCAAGAAACCUAUGAUGCACUUACGGGAUUUCCUCUUCUACAAUGAGGACAACUCAAUAGGUGCUAAGAUGAUCGAAUUGCCAUAUCAAGAACACGGUUUUCGUAUGGUCGUGAUUCUGCCUAACGAAUUGGACGGUCUAUCCUCAGUCCUGGAAAAAGUUGCCGAGAAGGGUCUUUUAGACGACGUGUUCGCUUUAAGCCCAGCCGGAAGGAUAAUCAACUUGUACUUGCCCAAAUUCGAAAUUAAGAGUAAGCUGGACUUCACUCAGAUAUUGCCUAAGCUGGGUGUGAGCGGAAUAUUCAGUGAUGGAGCUCCGGGAAUCGUAAAGGAGCGGGAAGUUAUCGUCUCGAAAUUUUUCCAAGAGGCCAUUGUAAAGGUCGACGAAGAAGGUGCUACUGCGGGGGCAUUUACUGGAGCCGUUCCAAUACCAAUGUCUUUAAAUUCUAAGCCACCACAACCUAUUGACUUUAUAGUUGACCAUCCUUUCUUGUUUGCUAUUCUACAUGAAGAUGUGAUACUCUUUACUGGUAUCUAUACUCAUUAA